CGGAAGCGCCUUUCUCUAGGGUCCUUCGGCCUGCGGAGAACUCGGCUGCGAUGGCCGCCGGGCCGGGCUGUCCUCACAACGCCUGCUCAGGAGCUCGGUAAGGCCGAAGCGAAGCAGAGCCUCAGGACGGGCUGCUGGCUCCUGGGCGUCGUCUCCGCACCGCUGCUCCAGGCUCGCGGUCCGGCGGUGUGAGUUCUCCCCCACCCCAGGGAAGGGCGGGUCCGGCGGCGCGAGGACAGCCCGGCGCGAGGCCCCCGCGGCUCCGGUGGGGACGUCGCUGCGGGCGGCACUGCUGCUGGCGUCCAAGAUGUCGACCAAGAAUUUCCGAGUCAGUGACGGGGACUGGAUCUGCCCUGACAAGAAGUGUGGAAAUGUAAACUUUGCUAGGAGAACCAGCUGUAACAGAUGUGGUCGAGAAAAGACAACUGAGGCCAAGAUGAUGAAAGCUGGGGGAACAGAAAUAGGAAAGACACUGGCAGAGAAGAGCCGGGGCUUAUUUAGUGCCAAUGAUUGGCAAUGCAAAACUUGCAGUAAUGUGAAUUGGGCUAGAAGAUCAGAGUGUAACAUGUGUAAUACUCCAAAGUAUGCUAAAUUAGAAGAAAGAACAGGAUAUGGAGGUGGUUUUAAUGAAAGAGAGAAUGUUGAAUACAUAGAAAGAGAAGAAUCUGAUGGGGAAUAUGAUGAGUUUGGACGUAAAAAGAAAAAAUACAGGGGGAAAGCAGUUGGCCCUGCAUCUAUAUUAAAGGAAGUUGAAGAUAAAGAGUCAGAGGGAGAAGAAGAGGAUGAGGAUGAAGAUCUAUCUAAGUAUAAGCUAGAUGAGGACGAGGAUGAAGAUGAUGCUGAUCUCUCAAAAUAUAAUCUUGAUGCCAGCGAAGAAGAAGAUAGUAACAAAAAGAAAAGCAAUAGGCGGAGCCGCUCAAAGUCACGAUCGUCUCACUCAAGGUCUUCAUCACGCUCAUCCUCCCCCUCAAGUUCAAGGUCCAGGUCCAGGUCCCGUUCAAGAAGCUCUUCCAGUUCGCAGUCCAGGUCUCACUCCGGUUCCAGAGAACAUUCCAGAUCCCGUGGUUCGAAAUCAAGAUCCAGCUCCAGGUCCCACAGGGGCUCUUCUUCCCCAAGAAAAAGAUCUUAUUCGAGUUCUUCGUCAUCUCCUGAAAGAGACAGGAAGAGGAGUCGCUCUAGACCUUCUUCACCAGCUGUUCGCAAAAAAAGACGAACGAGAUCACGGUCACCCGAAAGCCAGGUGAUUGGUGAAAACAUUAAACAACCCUGAGCCCAGGGCCAACCCCUACGGAACACCACCACUUUUCCCAGGUUGAUACUGACUUACUCAUGUUGGCUGCAUGACUCUAGCACUAAAAGCACUAACUGUACAUCACCUUAUGUGAUCUAGACUUCCAAAACUUCAUUGCUUUGAAUGUACUUUCUCAUGCACUGUGCACUCAGAAGCCUUGCUGUGUUCCAUAGAGACCCAGUGUGUUCUCUGUGGUACAGCAUACAUUGAUUUUGUCACACCUUACCAGGAUUCUUUGCCUUUCUUGUACAUAUAUGAGAUUAUGAGCUUUUUUCAAGGCUUUCCCUUCAUUACCUUGAAUAAUUGAGAGGUGGCUAUAUUUGAAAUGAGUUUAUAUUCUUAAAUUAUAGAGAGUUUUGAGUUCAAAUCACACCAAUUCUGGGCUUAUAUCAAAAAAGUUUAUAAGCUAUCUUAGGUUUUAAGUUCUCCUGGGAGCAUCAAGGUACCUAGUGUGUGCUCUGCUCUUCUCUGGUGUUUGCAGUCUUAGGAACAGACACCUGGUCUAGUGCUGUUUACAGAUUGUUCUGCUCUCUUAUGUCUUACAGGCACCACAGGUCGUCCUCCGGAUCAACACAUUCUGGUUCCCGUUCAAGUUCAAAAAAGAAAUAAUGUAUUAAAAUUUACAUCUUUAAAAAACAUUGAGUACAGUGCAUGAAGCAUAUUUUUUAGGAAGUUGAUGUCUCAUUUGGUCAGAAGUACUACAUCUGCUAGUAGAGGUGCAUGCCUUUAUUGCUUUUCAAAACAAUACAACUGUGUUUAUUUGUGAAACUGAAAGUAAAUUGCAUUUUAAGCCAUAUACUGUUCCCCAGAUAAAUGCUCUGUUCAUUAUUUACAACCAUUUGCUUCAUUUAAAACCAUCCUAGCAAUAACAGAGUACUUUUGUUUCCUACUUUAAAUCCUUGUCCUUUUCAUUUCUAAAUGUUCUAUUGACAGAGACAGGGUUGCCUGGGCUUGCCUGGACUUCAGACACAUGGGCAAAGCUAAUAAGCUAGUUGGAAUUACCAAUUUAUGUUCAUAUGGGGUUAGUAGUCAACCUGGUUAUGUUAUUUACCUCUGCCAGUAAUUUCUUACCAGCAGUUAACUACGUUGCAAAGCUGACAACUGGGAACAAGCUGAGGGUGCCUUAGAAUCAUUGUCUCUUAACAGCUUUACACCUCUUAAUGCAAGAGGAUUGUAGAAAUUAUAGAAGAAAAAGGUUAAUCACAUCAUUUCAGAAUGUUUCUCAAAGUUUAAGAAAUGCGGAUAUCCUUUUACCAAAUCCUAGUUACCAAAUAUUGUACUUGAUCGAUAAAGGAUUUUUAAAAAAGGCUAAAUCAUAGUUAAUGAGCAAAUUGAAGAAAGCUUUUGAAACCUGUUUCUCAGUGGCAGGCUGACAGGGACAUGAAUUUAAGUGAACAUUUGCCUUGUGAUGUCUGAUUUUGAACAUUGCAGAUACCUAAGUAACAGAAGAAUUCUUAUUUCUGCACAAUUUAAGCAAAAUCAUUUUUCUCCACAUCUGAAAAAGAAAACCAUAUGGCUUAAAAUGCUUUUGGAGUUUUAUUUCUCAAAUUAAAAUCUGGUCACUUGAGAUCCAUUUUGUUCUCUGGUUUAAAAGUUAAAAGGUUUCUCUUUAACAGUCUCUUCAGCAGCAAAAGCAAGGUAAGUAUAUAAGGGACAACAGUUGUGCUGGGGCUCCUUGUGAGGGAAUUAUUUUUCCUGUUUCUCCUUUAGUAUUUGUCUGCUGCAGUUUAAAUAAGUAAAGCCUUCUAAGAUGUUUAGUAGACAGAUCAAACAAAAUGUUUUUAUUUUAAAGUGAGUGUUUCUCUUCUCAACUGAUCUAAAGAUGAAAACAAAGUAUCGUACGUAGAAAUAUUUUGGUAAUAUUUUUACAAGCUUUCCUGUGUUUUUUUGUCUUAUUUUCCUUGCUGCAUUUACUGUAGGUUGCACACGAACUCUUACUCUCUUGUAAUUGUGCCUCAGACUUCUCGAAAGUCGACUUUCUGAGUUGCCCAGAUCUUCUAGAUCCAACGUGUUAGCCUUGGUUUGUUUUUGUGCUUUCUGUAUUUAAAACUUGAACUGUACUAGGCAAAUGCAAGAUUAUAAAUUUAGCUAAUAGGAGUUUACAAACAGUUCAGAUGAUUAUGAUUUGAUUUGGUUUAAUUGAGCUGUACUAGUUCAUUUCAUAAGGAAAUGAUACUGUAGACAAAUGUAAAUAAAAUCCGUGAGUCAACUAUCAA